AUGAAGUCAUCAAGCAGCCAGCAGCAAACCCUCGCUCCUUCGCCUCUACUCUUUCGCCACAAACUUCAGUACUUCACAAUCUGUUUAUCGAAGUCAAAUUUCGAUUCGAUAACAUAUAAAUAUACAAUAGCAGUAUGCAUACCUGCUCUGGAGCCAUCAUGGGUUCCCUUCAACAGCCUCUUGGUUACUGGAAAGGCAUCCACUACUUGUGUCCCAAUCACAGUUCUUGAAGGAGGUGAUGGAAAUGGGUUUGUUGACCAUGAACUGAGUAAUGUUGACCCUGAAGUUAGUGCAAUAAUAUACAAUGAAAAGCAACGUCAGUUUAGAAGCUUGGAGCUUAUUGCAUCAGAAAACUUCACAUCCAGAGCUGUUAUGGAAGCAGUUGGCUCUUGCCUUACAAACAAAUAUUCUGAAGGACUUCCUGGAAAAAGAUACUAUGGUGGAAACGAGCACAUUGAUGAACUAGAAACUCUUUGCCAAACGCGGGCAUUAGCAGCAUUUCAUUUAGAUGAAGAAAAAUGGGGUGUAAAUGUUCAACCAUUAUCUGGUUCCCCUGCUAAUUUUGAGGUCUAUACAGCCAUUCUGAAGCCUCAUGACCGUAUAAUGGGGUUGGACUUGCCUCAUGGAGGACACUUGUCUCAUGGAUUUAUGACACCAAAAAGACGGGUUUCAGGAACAUCCAUAUAUUUUGAAUCUAUGCCUUAUCGUCUUGAUGAAUCUACAGGCCUGGUUGAUUAUGAGAUGCUUGAGAAAACUGCUACCUUAUUUAGACCAAAACUUAUAAUUGCUGGUGCUAGUGCUUAUCCCCGAGAUUUUGACUAUCCUCGUAUGAGAAAGAUUGCAGAUGGUGUUGGUGCUUUUCUGAUGAUGGAUAUGGCUCAUAUUAGUGGACUUGUUGCUGCUUCUGUGGUUGGGAAUCCUUUUGAUUAUUGUGAUAUUGUCACUACCACAACACACAAGUCUCUGAGAGGGCCUAGAGGCGGCAUGAUAUUCUUCAAGAAAGAUCCUGUUUUAGGCAUCGAAUUAGAGUCCGCCAUCAAUAAUGCUGUUUUCCCAGGUUUGCAGGGUGGUCCACAUAACCAUACAAUAGGAGGACUUGCAGUUUGCCUGAAGCAUGCUCAGUUAAGAUGGUUCAACCAACUAGAUCCAAAGAUCAACCGAACGCCGUUCACGGAGGAGGAAGAGGAACGACUUCUAGCUUAUCAUCGUGAAUUUGGAAACGAUGGGCUAACAUCGCCAAGCUUUUCCCUGGUCAAGCUGAUAACGCUGUGA